AUCAAAUGCUUGUAAUGUACACUCGCUUACUUUUACCAUCGGAAAGACAUUUUCUGUACAGGUGCACGGUGUGCCGCAUAUCAGAAUGAUCGCAGAGCAAUGAGAGAUGAAGUAUUCUGUUCAAGAACACAACGCAUCGCCUGGUGCAGAAAUCGAAACCACGAUCGUGAGUCCAACGCCCCUAAACACUACGAUACACGUCUUCUCUCUCACAUACACAGAAUAUAUAUAUUAGUAGUUAUCCUACAUAUACCUACAAAGCACAGGAAACGUUAACAAAGCCGCUUCAUAUCGCCAGUUAGGCAAGAAAUAGCGUAUAAAUCAUUUCCUCCCUCACAAAUUAUAUCUUACUAUGUUAAAUACGGAUGGACUCAAUAAAAGAGAGAACGUUGGCAGGUAUAAAAUAUUAUUUUAAUCAUGCAUCUGUCGGAUUAGAAAUAAAAAUUGGUUCUUCCAUAGAUUCAAACAGGAAGCAGUUUCUUACAUGAACGCAUGCGCACUACAGCGCCAAAGAGGAACUGAGGCUACAGAGAAAGCGGAAAUCAUCUGUCUGUGCGUCUGUACGUGAGCAAGGAGUUUGUAGAACUGUCUAUGUGGACACGGUGUGGGAGUAGCUGGAGGUGUGUCAACACACCACUGGAUUUCAAGAAAAUUCAGUGAUACCUACGUGACAGAGAAUAGCAGUUUUGAGGCAUAUACUCAUACACAAAUACAUACACACUCCUAUAUAUAUAUAUAUAGCCAGUAACACUCCAGAGUACACACACACUCACACGCACACACACACGCAUAAAUGUAUGUGUAUAGACACACACACCCUCAGAUAUAAACAUAAAGACACACAACCAAUCUUUCACAGCUGCUAUUCAUCACUACAGUGGGGAGGACACCAUGACAGAAGUUGCUGGAGUCACAGAGGCCAUGGCAACAACACUGAGGGUAAAUGAAAAUGAAAGUGAGCUAUCAGAUGCUUCACUUGAUGAGGACUGUGUUGCUAAGUGGGGUUUCAGGCUUGCUGAGUUGUAUCGGCUUGCACUUUUGUUCUUUAAAGAUAAACAAGGCAAAGCUGUGCAUCUCACUUACAAGGACAAACUCAAAUUAGUUGCUUAUACAAAACAGGCAGCACAUGGGCGAUGUGAAACCGAAGCCUUCCCUGAUGUUGGAUUUUUGGAUGUUGUCGGGAGUGAUCGAAGACAGGCUUGGCGUGCUCUUGGUGACAUGCCACAGACACAAGCAAUGGCUGAAUUUGUGACAACACUUGAUCGCCUCUGUCCCCUGCUCCGGCCAUUUGUCCAAGCUCACCGAACCGAGAGGGAUGACAAGCUACGGAAAGAACAAGAAGAAUUAGAACGCAAGCGUUUAGAAGAAGAAGAACGCCUUAGACAAGAGAUGGAAAUUGAGGCUGCAAGGCGUCAACAGUUGCAACGGGAACAUCAACUAGAACAAGAGAUGCAGAUACGAGCAGCCCUUAAUCAGCAAACAGCUGUCCAGUUCCAACAGUAUGCUGAGGCCCAAUAUCCAAAGAAUCGGCAACAGCAAGAAGAACUGAUUGGCCAGCUACAAGAACAACAUUUCCACCAAUACAUGCAGCAAGUCUACCGUCAGCAAUUGAUGCAUCAACAACAACAAUAUAUCCAGUUGCAGUCUUUGAAUAGGCAUCCCACAGCUCCUUGCUAUGACAAUGCUGUUUCCUCAUCGACAUCCACAGUUUGUCCUGGUAGUGGUAGUGGUAAUAAUAAUAAUAAAGAAGGCUUGGCAAGCAGUAGAACUCGAGGAGCUGGUAGCAAAAUGGCCCAUGCUAACCAGUUUCCUCAAAAUAACCACAUCAGCAAUAGUAGUAGUGAUGGUUGUGGUGUCGGUCAUGAUAAGAACCAUAAUAAUCCUGGGUCAGCUGAUGGUGGUGGGGCAAGUAGUAGUAAUAAUAAUAAUAAUAAUAAUGAUAAUCAUUGGUCAGUUGAUGGUGAGGGGUGUGGAAUUAACCAUGGUCAUAGGCCGGCCAGUUGUGGUGGUAAUGACUUCUCUCAGAAUAUUGUACAAGGUGAAACUCAUUCGACUGCAGUUGGAGCAGGAAACAGUGGUGUCGGAUUGUCUGGUCUUUCAGCUGGUAUGAAUGUACUUACAACAGGAACAGUGACACCAACUGCAGCCACAGGGGCAGCAGCCGCUACUGCUAGUUCUGAUACUAUUACUGGCAAUAGCAAUGCCACAGCAGUAACCAACACACAGCAAGGCCCACCAUGGUCUGCUGGAGCUAGAACAACUGCAGCAGCUGGUAAUCGUAUGGGCAUGAAUUAUAACAUGUACAACUACAAUAGUGGCCAUGACAAAAACACUACUUUCAACAGUAAUAUAAACACAACAAAUGCAAACAGCAAUACUGUUCUUAGUACUACCACUACUACUUCUGCAGUAAGUUCAAACAGUAUGUGUAAUGCUGCAACCAAUGAACAAGCUGAUGGAUUGCAUAAUUCAGCAUUUGUGCCCCCACAUGCUAAAAGUUUAUUUGGUAUCCCUGGCAGCGCACCAACAGUGGUACCAUCAUCAUCAGUGGCAGACAGUACACUGCAACCGCAUCAACAACAACACUCUUUAUCACUAUCACAAGUCCCACAACCAGCUCAGUCUAGCUUGUCCCAGCAAAAUGAAGGGAUGUACAAUAACAACAACAACAAUAACAGCUACUCUACGAACAAUAACAACACAACACCACACUCCAAUGACCCAGCGAUGGCUGAGGAAGUUGAUGGUGAAGAUGAAGCUGCCAUCCAUGGGAAUGCUGCCGAUGGUUAUGGAGAUAUGGGUGAACUACCUCCACUAGCUGCAGCUUCCCUUUGGACCAGAGGUGAGAUGAAGGAGUUCAAAUCUGCUCUCAGCCAAGAGAAGGAUUGCGUCAUCAGGGUUGGAUCCGGCGAAACUGUCACGGUGAGGGUACCAACACACCAGGAUGGUAGUUGCCUGUUUUGGGAGUUUGCUACAGACAGCUAUGAUAUUGGCUUUGGAGUCUACUUUGAGUGGACCAUCUCCCACUCAAAUGCUGUAAGCAUACAUGUUAGCGAUUCAAGUGAUCCUGAUGAUGAUGAAGAGGAUGAAGAUGACUUGGACGAUGCAGAUGCCAAAUCACCAAAUUCUGACCCAGAGAAAGGCCACACUUCUUCCACUGCAAAUAGUUCUACUUUAGCCUCCGGUAGCACCAAUUCACCAUCAAGAGCAGCAGCCUCUAACACAGGUCCAAGCAGUGGUAGCAAUCAGCAUCGUCCACCCACUGAUGAGAUAAUUCCAGUUUACAGGCGAGACUCUCACCUAGAGGUUUACUGUGGUAACCAUGCAUAUCCUGGACGGGGUGUAUAUCUGUUGAAGUUUGACAAUUCCUAUUCACUUUGGCGUUCAAAGACACUUUACUAUAGAGUGUAUUAUACAAGUUGAAUGAGUGGUUGAAUGAGGUGUGGGUGUUCAAGUUCAAUAAUUCUUAUUGUGACACUUUAAGUCACUCUAUGGGAUGGGUGUAUUAUGCAAGUUGAGCGUGAAUGAGUUUGUGCAAGGUGGGAGGGUUGCUUGUGAGUUGUGUGGUUGUGUUAUAUAAGUUUGGUUGAUGGUGGAGUGUUUGAUAAAUUUUAUUGGUUGUAUGUGGUAUGGGUUUGUUGACAUUUGACAAUGUGUACUUGCUGUGGUAUUACAUUACACCCUAUUAUAGGGUGCACUAUACCAGCUGAAUGUAUGUUUGAUUGGAGUAGAAUUGGUAUUAAUUGUGAGUUGAGUUGAAGUUCAAAACCUAUUUAGUGUGCGACAUAUGAAAUCAGUCUGCUGCAGUACUCUACAGAAGUCAUUCUACAACCUGUACUAUACCAGUUGAGUGAAUGUGUGGCUGUUAUGGAUUGACAAUUCAUAUUUGCUAUAAUAUAUGAAGAUAUUUUGAUAGAUGAUAGAAGUAACAAUUAUUCAAUGAUGGGUUGUUUAUAAUAAGUAUUUUGUUUAUUGAGGGCUUAGAGCUGUUUCUGUUUGAGGGAUUGUUAUUGUUUCGAGGUUUAUUUUUUAAAGUUUGUUGGUGUUUCUUAACUUUGUGCCUGUGUGUGUUCGUGACUAAAUAUGUGUAUGUAUUAUAUGUUGAUGUCCAUAUAAAUGUGUGUAUGUAUUAUAUGUUGAUAUCCACAGACACACACAUGCGUACAUGCACACACACAUACACAGAUAUAGAUAUAGCUAUAAAAAGAUAUAUAUAUAUAUAUAUAUAUAUAUAUAUAUAUAUAUAUAUAUAUAUAUAUAUAUAUAUAUAUAUAUAUAUAUAUAUACAAACUUAUAUACAUACAUGGACAUAUAUAUAUAGAAAGAGAGAGAGAUACAUAUACAGAUAUAUAUACAUACACAAAAACAUGUAUAUGUGUGUCUAUGUUUCUCAGUGUGUGUAUAUAUAUAUAUAUAUAUAUAUGUGCACACAUAUAUAUAUACAUACUCACACAUGUGUACUUUCAUACAUACUUAUAUAAUACAUGUCUAGUCUCCUGAAAAACUAAAGAGCUAACAGAAUGAUUGUGCAAGCCUGACUGACCUGCAUACUGGCUACAUUUUCAGAUUAUGUAUGUGUGUGCAUGCAUGUGUAAUGUGAAGAUUGCCUCAUAGCACUAUUUAUAUUGGUAGAUGAACGGUUAGUGUUAUAGAUAGAUUAGGACUGAUAUUCAGAUUUCCUGUAAGGUUAGGGUAAGUGUAGUUACAGCUAAUUUGGGAUUUGUUGUUGCCAUUGUGACUUGUAGAGGAUUUGUUCAUUUUUUUCUUUUUUUUUAAUGAUGCAAGUGGAGCUCAUGGGUUUUGGGUAAUCACAAUACUGUAUCAGGCUCUAUAUGAGGAUCUAGAAGUGGAAGCUGAGUUGAUUUAUAUAGGACUCUGAUGGAUUUAUCAAUUUAUUUUUUUUAAUCUCAAAGUUGUUAAAAGCUUUUUAUAAAACUUUUAUAACACCCUUAGUAAGGUUUAUGUAGGGUCUAUAAAAAUUUAAUAGAGUCCAUAAAC